GUGGCUGAUACACAAACUCCUUUCCCCUCCCCACCAACGUCACCAUCCCUCCGAAACUAACAACAUGGAGUCCGGUGUUUAGAGUGCAAAGGCGGUCUUCGGCGUUUGCUAAACCUACAUGCUUUUCCCGGUGCUCCCGAGGGAAGGCAGCGACGCUCCGGGACGCAUAAAGCGCAACGCACACAUGCUCUAUAGGCGUCAGCGCGUUCGUGCCACUUGAAUCCAUAUAGGACAUGGAGAGCGCGAUGUGAUUGGACGCAGAAGAUUCCAAAGACAGGCCGCUUUCCAAAUGGAAUUGCUCUUCGUAAUGUAGGGCAGGAGAAGUGGACAGCAGUUGCACCCUAGCUAGUGCCCCCACAGGGGACCAUGGAGCCUGAGGAGGAUCUCUCGAGCAGGGACCCCCAAGAUCUGAUGUCCAGUGAAGGACUACUGCCUUCGACAUCCACCUCCUUACUCAGCUGCACCUUCCUGGGGGGGUUAUUGCAUUGUGAUGACAUGGAGAAAGGCGAUGGAAAUGGAGAUUCAGAUGGUCCAAAAUGCUUUUUCCCCACACUGGAGCAUUGUGGUAAAGUGCAGAGAAGUCCACGAUCUUCAGCCUUCCCUUCAUCUCUCACAUGGGACUCAGACUCUGAGAAAGAAACCUUGGACGAGGAAGAACUUCAGCACUUUUCUAAUCCUCAUGGUCUGGCUGCUCACAGUCCGGGAAGUCCCACCUCUGGACAACAAGGAGACAGAUAUGACAUUGAUCCAUGUCAAGAACCUGUGGAAACCAAGCACUUAUUUCUUGAGAAGAUCCCACUCGCUCCCCUGGAGGUGGAGAAUGAAGGAGAUGUUACAUACGAGGAGAUGAAAACUAUAGACUCCAGUCUACCUAAACGUACAGCAAAACUGGAACAAGACAAAGUCAGCCAUCUACCAGAUACUACACCAAAAGAGAGGUGCCAAAAAGAAAAGAAAGGUGAGCAGAAAAUGCUUAAUAGUAGAGAACAGGAAAAGAAUAUCACCAAAGAGCCAGAUGUAUACACCUUCCCAGGAGACUCUGAGCCAGAAAGUCCACCACCUGGACCUUGGGCGCACUGUACCUUCAUCCAACGCAGAAGAAAGAAGAGGGCCAUAUUGAGGCCUUUCUCUGGCUUAGACACUUGGCAGCGCACAACAGGAGCCGGCAGGAAGACCAGAGGAAGACCCCCUGGAGCAAAGGAGCGUAGGAAAACCACAAAGCUUGGGGAAGGGAUGUUCGAAUUUAAAGAGGAAAAGGAAGAGAAGGUACGGGGAAGGCAGAGGUCAGUAGUGGAGCACCAACUGGAUGGAGACCUCUCCCAAGAGAUUUUUACAUGUGUAGAAUGUAGCAUUUACUUCAAAAAACGCACCCAUCUACGUGAACACAUGCAAGAGCAUGGCCAGGUUGGUAAAUCUGGGAAGAAAUGGCAAAGUGGAGAAAAGGACUCUUGGAGUGGACGUCUUAAUAAAAAUGCAUUUGAAUGUAUAGAGUGUGGUCUGGAGUUUGCAGACAAAGUUCUGCUGCUGGAUCAUCAGCGAUGCCACGAGGAGUCAAGGCAGAAAAUCCUUCAGGAGAUUGGAAAAUUAAAAGAGGAGGAUAAGCGGGUGGCAGAGCAAGCCAGUUGCAGUAAGGCAUCGGAGCCAGUCAACCAAGAGUCAACAGAUGCUAGCCAGUUUGUGUGUCUUAAGUGCAACUUUAGCUCGGAUUUGCCUCAAGAACUUGCUGAGCAUGCCAAGACGCACAACACUCGAACAAGAGCUGGUGUCUAUCGAACCUCACCCCGCUUUCAACAGAAGUCCUGGAAGAAAGGACAAGUGCAGUCCCCUGCAGAUGUUACGUCAGCUCCUAUCACAUCACCUCUCAACAAGAGGUACCCCAUCCGGGCAUCCAAAAAAUCUAAAGAAACACAGCCUGAAAGUGGCGCUUCACAGAUGGACUCCUGUUCAUUGUCUUGUCAAAGUGCUUCUACAAUCCCAGGAGAGGCCACAGAGCAGCCUAAUAAUAAAACUCUGCACGAAAAUACAGAGUCUUUAAAGGUUUUGAGACAAACAGACGAGUCCAAGACGACUCCUGUGGAUAAUCCUGUGGAGGAGAAUGUUCCACAUGCUCAGCAUCUUAUGUCGCCCCCGCCAAAUCCCAGGGCUGCUCCGCGGCGUAAGGAUGUAGCUUUCAAAAGUAUAGGGAAUAAACGCACAGUUCGCGCCACAAGGGGUAAACUCGGACGCACAAGAGCGAGUACAAGACUAGACCCUAAAACCACCCUUACUCCUGUUAUGAAAAAAGAAGUCCAAAUCUCAAACCAGACUGAAGAUAAGUGCCAGAAAGAAGACAUUCCAACACCAGAAUCAGAACCUGAUCCAAUACAAGACUCCAAAACAGACUCUGUGGAGGUACCUGCCCUGGCCUUGCAGCUGAAGAGCAGCUUCUCAGCCAGCCUCCGAGGGGCAGCAGAGAGGCUGGGGUUGCUUGAGGGGCAGCAAGCCCAGCUAAGAAACGAGUUACCCCUCAUCCUCAUAGAGUCUCUCAGCUCUGACCUCCAAACUCCCCUCUCAUGGAGCAGGGUGAUGGAGACGGAGCCACUUGCCAAUGAUCCAGAUCUCAAAGCCAAUUCCUCCUCACCAAAGAAGAACAGCAAACAGUUUGAAGCACAGGAGGAGGGACCUAAGCUCAAAGAAGACAAAUCUGAUAGUCAGGAGAAGAGCGGAGAAGGCACACUUGUUGCUACAAAACUAGAGGAGGAUGAUGAUGAUAUUGAUGAUGACGAAGAUGAAGAGGAUGUUGUUAGCCGUCUCAUUGAUGCAUUAACUGAGGAAGAUGACGAAGAUGAUGACAGGGAGGGGUUGUUGAAGAGCGUGGAAAGAAAAUGCCCUUAUUGCCCAGAUCGAUUCCAUAAUGGCAUCGGACUAGCCAAUCAUGUUAGGGGUCACCUGAACAGGGUGGGUGUCAGUUACAAUGUUAGGCACUUCAUCUCUCCAGAAGAGGUCAAUGCCAUUGAGAAGAAAUUCUCUUACCAGAAGAAGAAGAAGAAAGUUGCCAACUUUGACCCGUCGACCUUCAGCGUAAUGAGAUGUGAGUUCUGCAGUGCGGGCUUUGACACCAGAGCUGGUCUCUCCAGUCAUGCCCGAGCCCAUCUCAGAGACUUUGGCAUCACCAACUGGGAAGUCACGGUUUCUCCCAUUAAUAUUCUUCGAGAGCUCUUUGCCAAGCAUCCAGAUCUUGUUCUACCCACUGCACCCUCACAUACAAGUCAAGAACAAAACUCUGAUGAGGAGCAAGAGUGCCGGAAAGACAUAAAAGACGAGGAGGACAUGACAGCAGAACUCUCUACUCUUCUUUCUGACUCUCCAAAACGGACCUGGAAGGAAGAGCACAAUACAUGUGAACUAGAGGAUGGGGAGGAGGCAGAGGAUGGGGAAGAGGAAGAAGAGGAGGCCCAAAUGCCUGUUACAGAGAAACUGACCUCAAGUCCAGGAGAAAAGACCCUGUUCUCUAUUGAGGAACAGAGCCCUGAAUCCAAAGAGACAGACACUAUGGGCUCUAACCUGUUAAAAUGUGAGUUUUGUGGUGCUGCCUUUGAGACACGUCGUGGUUUGUCUAGCCAUGCCCGCUCACCUCGCCAGCUCGGCAUCGGCAUGUCAGAGAACAGUGGUGCACCCAUUGAUCUCCUCUACCAGAUCACUAAGGAACGCUCCAUUGAUGCACACUUCACUAGCACCUCCCCUACUGUGGAAUCUCCAAAGAAGCUCCAGCACCAUGCCCCUAUUGUUCCUAUACCUAGCCCCACAAAAGAUGUUGAAACUGAAGAAGGACUGCUGGACACCAAGCCCCCUGUCCCAUUCUCUAUUACUGGUUCCGCUAUUAAAGUUUCCUCUUCCCCAACUACUCACUCUGCAGCUGGCUCCAUGCCUUCCUCUCCAUUUGUAAAGUCUCGGUCCCCUUCCCCAGUGCUGAGAAAGGCUCCUAUCUCCUCCCUCCUACCAGUGUCUUCACUGCGAUCCCAGGAGCAUAAGACCUUAGGAAAGAACCAGUCUACAAACCUCUCCGGUCCGAACAAACCAUUCUGGGCACCACAAGAUACAGAUGCCCCAUUGAAUCUUACGAUGGACAUGGAUUCUAAAGACAUUAUUUGCCAGUUGUGUGGUGCGUGGUUUGAAACAAGAAAAGGCCUCUCGAGUCAUGCUCGUGCCCAUUUGCGCCAUUUUGGGAUUGAGUAUUCGGAAUCCAAGGGCUCCCUUGACUUACUCAACCGGUUUAUCUUGACUGAUGACUUUAAGCACAGAGCAAAUUCUUUUCUAUCAGAUGGUCCAGAAGACCUGAGGUCCCAGAAGACCAGCAUGACAUCCCUCUUACCCUCCACUUCCACUUCCCCUAAAAGAUCUCUUCCCUCCAGCCCUGUCCUAUAUAAAUCAGCAACCUCUAAUUUGAGGACAACAAUUGGCUCCAAAGCUACCUCCUCUUCAACCCACCAUUUAUUGGGCCCACCCCCAAAGAAGCUGAAAGCCUCUUCAUUGCAGGUCCUUCGUUUCAGUAGUGGAGAAGUGAUGUCCUUUCCUAUAGAGCCAAUGAAAGACGUGGGCUGUGAAUUCUGCGGAGAACUUUUUGAGAACCGCAAAGGCCUCUCCAGUCAUGCUCGCUCCCAUCUGCGCCAACUUGGGAUCACUGAAUGGUCUGUGAAUGGCUCACCUAUUGACACGCUAAAAGAGAUUAUAGUCCGUCGAGGCCUGCCGUCCAUCAUACCUCUGAAGUCUGCUAAAUCCCCCUCUUCUUCUCCAAGUCCUGGACUGCCUCGAACCGCACUCCAAUCCUCUUCCCCACCAGGGAAUGUGCUUGGACGCCUGCCUUUCCAUUUUGCCCAAACUUCAAGCCACGACCAGCCUACUACACGCAAAAUGUCUCCUUCGACAUCUACUGCCAGUUCUUCCCCAAACGUAGAGCUGGUUAAACCGAAACCAGAGCCUGAAAUUGUGGAAGUUACCAUGAAAGGAUCAGACAUGGGAGUAAAUGAAAGCUACAACCCAGAGCCACUACAUUCCAGUUUAAACACUUCAGAUAAUGUUUAUCCAGUCAACUUGGUUAUGACUCAGGAGAAGGAACCUUCCCGGGAUAUUCGCUGUGAAUUCUGUGGUGAAUUCUUCGAAAACCGCAAAGGCCUCUCAAGUCAUGCACGUUCACACUUGAGGCAUAUGGGUAUCACAGAGUGGUCUGUGAAUGGCUCUCCCAUCGACACACUUUGGGAAGUCAUGAGGAGACAAGGCACUACCCCAGCAUCUGUUGCCUUGGGCAUAAAAGAGGAACCGGGUCAGGAUGGUGGGAUUUCAUUGAACAGUCCAGGCUAUCAGUCCUCUGCCCUGUCUCGCAAGUCAGCUCUUAACAUGCUCCACUCUGGGUCACGCCUACAUAAGCAUGGGCUUGGAAGCGUUGCCUUGUCCUCCACCUCACCCGUGGGGAAGAUUUUUGGAGUGCCUCCGCUAAAUAAGAAGAAGGUGCUGGUGGAGGAGGGACAGCCAGGAGAGAAAGCACUGCUCAUCCAAUCUAAAAAUUUCUCACCUCCUCCACAGGACUAUCCCUUUAAGGGUAAAGCCUCAGUGGAGAAGCAUGGAGUAGGCCACAUGGAUGCCAGUUGUGAACUGUGUGGAUUCUACUUUGAGAACCGGAAGGCACUGGCCAGUCACGCUCGAGCACAUUUACGACAGUUUGGCGUGACAGAGUGGUGUGUAAAUGGUUCGCCUAUCGAGACGCUGAGUGCCUGGAUACGCAGCCGGCCACAAAAGGCAGCAGAGAUGCAGCAAAGUUAUGCACAAGGAGCCCGCUAUGCCCAAAAGAAAAGGUGCAGUUCUGCGCUCUCGCCAUCCUGCGACUCUGACUCUACAACACCUGUUUCCCAAAAGCCCGCUGUGGCCAAAUGGGCAUCUCUCACUUUGCCUCAAAAGAGAGCAAUUGGACGGGAUGUCAACAGUUGUUCCUGGGGGUUGUCAUCAAGGGGAACUGACGCAAAAAGCAGGAGUGGAAGUUCCACUCAGCAUGGCCUUAUUCCACAGCCUGGAGCUCAUCAUUCCAAUAAUGCACAUCCACAUGCGCAGGUGGCGCAUAGUGAACUCAACGUGCGUUUGCCACGAGGAUUUGAGAGACGGCCACUUAAACACCCAUCACAUGCUGAAGGAGGGGAGGGAGAAAGUGGCCCCCCGAAGCCUCGCUCCAGUACCGUUCCUGCUCUUGUGCCAAAGCCCCCCUCCACCCCACUGGUUAGACUUGUGGGUAAAAUUUACUCACUCAAGUGCCGGUUCUGUGACGUGGAGUUUCACGGCCCUCUCUCGGUACAGGAAGAAUGGAUCAGGCACCUACAGCAGCACAUCCUCAAUCUUAACUACAACAAGACUGCUUCACCCGCAAACGACACUCCGGCCCAAAGUGACACUCCUGAUCCCAAGCCCCUAGUCUCCGCUGCUACCUCCACGUCCACUACGACCACAGCUCCUGCCACGACCCCGUCCACGCCCUCCCCAAAGCCCACAACUACGCCCACAUCAGCCUCCACACCUACACCCGCCCCCAGCCAAGCCUCCGCGGGGCGGCCGGCCGCAGCAGAGCCAGUUCCUUCUCCCGCUAAUUAGGCCACGUGUCCUUCCUACAUAUGUAUGAGAUGCCCUCAUCUUCACCAGUUAUUCCCAUGAUUUGUUUCUGCAUUGCUCAUCUUUGAUUAUUUCAGUCUCUGAUCAAAGGGAGAGAUUUUUUUUUUUUCGAAAAAUCUCAGCUAGCGACCCACUUACCCUGACCUACAUCGCGAGCAUCUGUUAUGAUUCAGGCGUGAGGUAGGUGUGUUGCCAUGACAGUUCUCAUUUCCCUUUUGUCUCGUAAGAAUCGACCGUUAUUUAUGAACAGGAAAAAGUCACAGUAUAAUGCAACUUUACAUUUGUUUUGUGGAUAGGCUUUGAGCAUGUGUUGAAUUCAGUUCUGUAAGCUACUUUAAGCUAUACUACCUUAUGCCCAAUGACUAAUAUAUGUUGUUCAAAACGAACUCAGAACUGAUUAGCGUACCAAAUGUAUUCUUAAAUUGUCGACAAAUCGGAGAAUUGCAAUCAGAAAGGCACAGAUACGAAGCUCAACCUUAAAUGGUUUCACUAUGAAGCACUUAAACAAAAGGCCUUGACCCUUUGAAACAAAGCUUAUCUGUUUCUAGCAUUUGCAAGUCCAC